GACAAAAAAUAUCAUUGGCUUUUUUCUUUUUUGUUUAUUUUAAAUAAACCAAGAAAACCAAUUCUUAUUCCAUAUUUGUUUAUUGCAUAGUUGAACAAAGGAUAACAGGGGGUGACUUAUUAUAAUAGAAAAAUGAGUGUAAAUAAAAAGACAGAAAACUCCAAGAGUGAAGAAUUAGAUCCACACAAAGAGGUAUUUAACCCUCAUGAAGAAUAUUUGGACAAAUCAGAAAAGGAAGCCAAGGCUACUUUCUUUGUAUAUAUGCUCGUUGUUUGUGUAUGUGUGGGUGGAUUUCUGUUUGGUUAUGACACUGGAGUCAUUUCUGGUGCUUUGGUCUUCAUUAAAGAUGAGUUUAACCUAUCCAAAACUCAAAGGGAGCUUGUAGUAGGUGCUACAACAUUUGGUGCCAUCUUUGGUGGAUUCUUUGCUGGCGUUUUUACAGACAGAUUUGGCAGAAGGAUCCUUGUCAUCAUCUCAUCCCUUGUAUUUAUUGCUGGAGCUCUUAUUAUGGCACUUGCUAGAUCAUUUCCAGUUCUUCUGAUAGGAAGAAUAGUUGUUGGUUUGGGCGUUGGUAUCGCAUCUAUGAUUGUCCCCGUCUAUGUUAGUGAACUCUCACCAAAAAGCAUCCGAGGACGUCUUAAUACACUGAAUACACUCGUUGUUACAUUUGGACAAGUUAUCGCUUACGUCAUGAACAUUGCCUUCAGCAGAGUCCCAGACGGAUGGCGAUACAUGUUUGGUAUUGCCGGUAUUCCUGCCUUAUUUCAAUUAAUCAUUAUGCCUUUUCUACCGGAAUCUCCCCGUAGAUCAGUAGCUAUUGGCAAGAUGGAUGAUGCCAGAAAGGCCAUCCGCAAGAUUUACGGAGACAGUGUUACUGACGUAUUUAUUGAACAAGAGAUUAGAAUGAUUGAUGACGAUGUCCAUGCCAGUCGUUCAGGAACAUUUAAAGAUUUUAUGCAUAAGGAUAACUUUAUGCCUUUGAUCAUUGCAUGUAUCUUGCAGGGCGCACAACAAUUAUGUGGUUUCAACGCUGCCAUGUAUUACGCUGCUACUAUUCUUAAAAUGGCUGGCUUCCGUAGUAACGAAGGCUCAACAAGUGUCGCCAUCAUUGUCGCUGCAGCUAAUAUGGUGUUCACCGCCAUCGCUGUCUUUGUCAUUGACAAAUUGGGUCGCCGAAAAAUGCUCUUGAUUACUAUGCUCUGCAUGAUUGGAGGCUUGAUCGCUCUGGGUGCAUCGUUUGCAGCUCAACAAGGUUUUGUUACUAAACAAUCUGAUUGCGCGCUGUACUCGAGUAACUGUGCUCGUUGUGUACUCGACGAAGAUUGUGGCUGGUCUGCCUCGAGUAACCAAUGUGUAGCCCUUAAAAAUACCAACCGGCUAGACAUUUUACAAACCUCGACCGGGUGUCCUUUUGAACCCAGAGACAGAGCUAUUACAGGUGUUUUGCUUACCUUCUUGAUUGUUUAUGUUGGUAGUUAUGCAUUAGGACUUGGUUAUAUUCCUUGGUUGGUACAAUCUGAGAUGUUUUCUAUAUCCAUGCGUGGAAAAGCCAAUGGUAUUGCUACAGCAGUUAAUUGGAUCUGCAAUUUGAUCAUCUCUACUUCUUUCCUCUCAAUGACUGAGGCAAUGACUGCAGCGGGCACCUUUUGGUUCUAUGCAGGCAUGUCCCUGAUCCUAUGGCUUACACUUGUCAAGCUGAUGCCUGAGACUUCUGGAAAGUCAUUAGAAGAAAUUCAUGAAUACUUUCUCAAGAUUUAAUUUGUAAUAGUACCCCCUUAAUUCGGUUUUGUACCAAAAUGUAAAUUAAUCUUCCACAAAUUAUACAUCAAAUGCUUGGAAAACCAUUGCUCUUCAUGUUCAAUGUUUUGAGAUUCCAUUUUUAUAAAAAUAAGCUUUGACAUGUUUAUUUAAAGAAUAUAAAAGAAAAAUUAAUACUUCGUCGACCCUCCUUUUGUGGUAAUUACCGCCUCGCAU